AUGGGUUCAUUGCAGCAUUCUCAAAGCGAUCGCCCGGCCGCAGCUCGCCCAGCCGAUUCCAUGUCAAAACACCACGGCCUAAUUUUUGUCCCUCAGCCAUCUGACGAUGAACGGGAUCCACUUCGAUGGCCAAGGUAUCUUAAACACCUGGCGCUGGCUGUAACUGCAUUUCUCAACUUCACUGCAAAUUUCGCCGGCUCUGGGUUAUCAGUUGCAACGCCUGUUCUAGAGGCUCAGUUUGGUAAAAGCGAAAAUGAGAUCAAUGGACUCCUGACAUUCAACUUUUUGUUCCUUGGCCUAGGUAAUCUAUUCUGGGUACCGUUUGGGACAAAAUUUGGCAAACGAGCAUCCCUCAUUCUCUCAACAAUGCUUCUCUUCGCAAGCUUGAUCUGGACUGCAAGAACCACAAGUUUCAACAGUCUACUAGCGGCGAGGUGCGUGUCCGGGUUUGCUUCGGCAGCUGGAGAGAGUAUCGUUCCGGCAAUUGUCUCUGAUAUAUUUUUCCUACACGAGCGAGCAGCCAUGAUGGCCUGUUAUACCAUCCUCGUAUCGGGAGCAACCGCAAUUGGGCCACUGUGUGCCGCCUUCAUUGUCCAAUACUCGCCUGGUGGAUGGAUCGAUUAUAUAUGGGUGUGCAUGGCCCUUGCUGGCGUGAACUGUAUCGGGAUAAUUUUGUGUUACCCCGAAUCCAACUUCAGACGACCGCAAGACAACUCGACGCAAGCUGAACCGGAUGCUGUGCUCUAUGCAUCGGACCUAUCCAAGCCUCGAGAGGAGCACCAAGGAGAUGCACGAUCAGAAAACCAGGCCGAAGCGGAUUGUCCUUCGCCAUGCAACGCGGUCAGCGUUGUUCCAAAGCCUUUGCCAUCUGUCUGGACGACCUUCUUUACGAUCGAUCACUCUGCCAGUCUUCUUAGGGCCUUUAUCCAGCCACUGAUAAUGCUUAUGCAGCCGCCAGUGCUGUUGGCCAUCUAUGUGUAUGGCACGUCUCUAUCCUGCCAAAUCAUUCUGAUCUUCGCAUUUCCUUCAUUUCUGACGGCGCCACCCUAUCUUUUCAAUUCAAGCGCGGUGGGAUUGAUGCAGAUUGCAGCGGCAAUUGGCUUCGUCCUCGCCUCCUUCAUUGGAGGUUAUUUAGCGGAUGUCAUUACUGCUCGUGUUAUCGUACUGCAGCACGGCGUAGUGCGCCCAGAGCAACGCUUGAUAUCUUUGGCGCCCGCCUGUUUUGUGGCUCCAUCCGGUUGUAUCCUGGUGGCCUUUUCCUGCGCUUAUAAACUGCACUGGGUUGCUAUCGCAUUUGGAUUUGGCAUGGUCUCUUUCGGAACCGUAUUCGCCCCCAACAUCAUCAUUACCUAUGUGGUGGAAAGCUAUCCGCACAUGGCUGCCGACGCCCUGGUCAUGAUUAAUGUAGCCAAGAACUUGGUUGCGUUUCUGUUUCUCUACACAGCCGUGGAAUGGAUCGCUUCGAGUGGCUGGAUUCAGGUUUACAUGAUCAUGUUCAUGCUGGUCACCUUGGGGAUGCUGCUGGCCGUCCCGUUCUAUUUCUACGGGGCUCGUAUGAGGGCGGCCUGCCGAGGCUUACUCUAUAUCCUUUGA